CGUAGUUGGUGUUUUUCUUCUUCUGUUCUCGUGUGGCACAUCACAAUCACUUUCACACUUGAACAAAAUUUUCCCUUUUUCCUGAUCCGCUAGGUUUUUCUAAUUCGCCUUGAAUUGGCUCUUUCCAUUCGUUUUUUUGUCUUUCUUCGUUAUCCUCUUCUUCAUGCAUUUAUCAUCAUGGCACACUAUGCAUCUAACCGAAUAUUCAAAAAAUCGAGACAUUUACUUCCCAUCAAUACCACGAUACCAAAAAACGAACCUCGCAUAUGUUAUUUAUCAAGGCAACAGAUGUCACUGGUUGUAUUGGUAGUGCAAAACACACUGCUCGUACUGAUGAUGCGAUACUCUCGAACCCAAAAAGCCGCCGAUCAACCUCUCUACCUUGCAUCGACGGCUGUCGUCAUGGCCGAAAUGGUGAAAAUCGCUGCCUGCUUCAUCAUUUUACGAUGGCAACAUUCCUCAUGGCAAGAUUUCGGUCAACAGAUCAAAAUGGAUGUGAUUGGAAAACCUCGCGGAUUGCUUAUCAUGAUGAUCCCUUCGGGGUUGUAUGCGUUGCAGAACAAUCUUUUAUAUAUUGCUCUCAGUAACUUGGAGGCCGCCACCUUUCAGAUCACGUAUCAACUGAAAAUUCUGUCGACGGCCAUUUUUUCCGUCUUACUAUUGGGCCGCUCAUUGAACCGUACACAGUGGUUUGCACUGACCAUGCUCAUGGCCGGUGUGACCUUGGUACAAACGCAGCAAGUCAUGACCGCCGCAGUGCCAGACGAACCGAAUAGCAAGGACACUCACUUUCAGAAUCCGUGGAUCGGACUACUGGCCGUAUUGACAAGCUGUGUGUCUUCUGGGUUUGCAGGAUGCUAUUUCGAAAAGAUCUUGAAGACUUCCACGACGUCCAUGUGGAUUCGCAACAUUCAACUGAGUCUAUGUGGCGCAUUUUUCUCGCUGCUGGGGAUGAUGAUCUACGAUUUACCGUUAAUACGAGCGGGAGGACUCUUCCAGGGAUACGAUUGCAUGACGUGGUUGGUGAUUAUCAACCAAGCCUUGGGAGGACUGUUGGUGGCCAUUGUGGUAAAAUACGCUGAUAAUAUCCUCAAAGGCUUUGCCACAAGUAUAUCCAUCAUUGUAUCAAGCAUCAUCAGUUUUUAUUUAUUUGCAUUUCAACCUACCCUUGGUUUCAUCGCCGGGGCUAUCAUCGUUCUCAUCGCCAUGAUUAUAUACAGCAAAGAAUCCAUGCCCAAAUCCACCUCCAUCACUAAACUAUAUUCAUAAUCUUUAAUCCUGUUAACUACUAAUAUAAUACAUCAUACAAGACGUUUUUUGCAUUCCAGCUAAG